GCGGACGAGGCCGCGGUAAGGGACAGCGAAAUCGUGGGCAUGGCAGCAGGAGGCCACGUGUAACUAUUGUGCAGAAAAGGGCCAUAUUAUGCGGUUUUGUCAGCUCCUAUCAAAAGAUGAGAAAGAAGGGAUAGUCUUAACCACGAUACAUGGUGAAGUCUUUGAUUACGAAGGGAAUCUGAUCGACCCCAACACUGAAGGGGGUAUGAGGAAGGAGGCGUUUCGUCGAAUGGGCUGUUCCCUUUCGACGACGUUCCGGAUCACUUCCCUUGAAGAAGCGUGGUUGGCCGAGGUCGAGGAGACCAUGGCAUCGUUGCAUAUUAACGACUCGCCGGUGGAGCCGGAAGGAUUUAGGGAGCAAGUGGCGAAACGAGCGCAAACCAUCACGAGAAGGCUUGCCCAAUGCCGGGACUCCAUCAUCCAACUUUGCGUGGACGUGGAGGAAGUCUCGCCUGGAUUGCCGAAUGUCUUUCUCUUUGGCGAAUGGGGUGAUAAAAGGGAAGAUGCGACCGGCCAAACAGGGACGUCUGCGCCGAGAGAAGUACUGCAAACCACACCAAUGGUAAGCACAAUGCGACCCAGGCAUGUGCUGAAGAGAAGUGCCCCGACUAUAGCUGUUCAAACUCGGAUGCGGCGACGAAGCGAGCAGCUUCAAAAGGAAAGAGGGCCUGAAAAGGCAGUGGAAGAAGAGCCUAUCCCCGUUAGUGAGAACGAUGAGGAUAACGAGGAUGAGAGGUUGCGGGCCGAAGAGGAAGAACGGGCUCGUCGUCGUGCACUGGAAAGGGAACCUGAGAAAGGGAAGGCUGAGGUAAGUGAGGAGGAGCCACGAAAGAAGAAAAACAUUUAUUCGAUCCCCGUGGAGCAGGGGAUCGAUAUUGAGCGACUUGUCGAUAAGAUCCUGGAGAGUCAGCGCGACUUGGUCAUGCUGAAGGAAAUUUUGGCGAUUGGACAACAAGAGUACUCGACACUCGUGGAUGAUGGGGCCGAGAUGAACAUCGUUCGCGAGCGCCAUGCCAUCGAGGCUGGGUUGAAGAUCAACCGAGACGACUACGGGUUUUUGGUGGGAGCUAGCGGAUCGACUCCAUUCUGCGAAACAGCCAGUGGCGUUCUCGUCACGGUCGGAAAAGUCAAGAUCCGUUCUUAUUUCUACGUGUUACCUAGAGUGGAACACGAGGUGCUUCUCGGAAGGGCAUUCCUAUGUCAGUCGAAAAGUAUCAUCAUUAACAAGCAUGAUGGAACCAUGUUUGUGAUCCUUUGCGAUCCUGUUUGCGGGUACUACUACGAGGUGGUCAAGUGUGCGAACACUGGACCCUAUUGCUCGCGGAACCGGCUGAAUCCGAAAUCGUAUACCUUCCCGGAGUCAGAAAAGUUGAGAAGGGAAAAAGAAUCGUUAGAGGAGGAGCCGAAUCCUCGUGAGUUAUCGCUGACCCUGCCUGAUAUUGGGCAGGCAAUCGAUUUUGUGUCGACACAUGCGGCGAUCGAUCCAAAUGUGGUGCAAUCAUUGACGAAGAUCAUCACGGACACCGGAAGCGCAGGAACUAUGCGCCUUGUUUACUCCCCGUCGGAGGGGAAUGGGGGAGAAGAUCAGGGAUUGCCCUCCACUCGACAGGGUCCUUUUUUAGAGGACGCAGGCUUGACACCGGCGCCAAACGAAAAGGGGUAUAUCAUCGAUAUAUUGAGGGAGGAACAUCUCGCCUAUGCAUUUGAUGAUGAUGAGCGAGGAAGGUUGGAUGUUGAUAAAAUCCCGAUGAUCAGAGUUCAUAUUGUACCACAUGAGCCAUGGAAUGUAAGAGGGCCACAUUAUCCGAAUCUGGAGGAUCACCGUAAAGUGGUCGCGUAUCUUGAUGGGAAGAUCCGAACAAAGGUUGCAGAUUAUUCUUACGGGCCGUAUGCAUCUCCAUGGUUCUAUUUCAUCAAACCGAAUGGUACUCUGCGAUGGAUUCAGGACCUUCAGAAGCUGAAUUCAGUGACAGUGCAAGAUGCAGGUGGACUCCCACAUGCAGACCAACUGUCGGAAUCUUGUGCAGGAAGGUCUAUCAUCACCCUGAUCGAUUUAUAUUCCGGGUAUGAUCAAUUUCCCAUUUACACUGCGGAUCCGCCGAAGAUGGCAAUGCACACUCCUCGCGGGUUGAUCCAUAUGUGCGUGGCACUGCAAGGGUGGACGAAUGCAGUCGCCAUUGUUCUGAGAUAUAUGAUAAGGGUUAUGCAGCCUUAUUGUCCUGACAUAACUUCGCCAUAUAUUGACGACUUGGUUGUCCCAAGGUCUCGUACGAAAGACCUGACGGAGGUGUUGUCGGGCAUUCGCCGCUUUGUCUGGGAGCACAUCAAUGAUGUGUUGAAAGUCCUUAAGAGGUUGAAGGAGUUUAAUCUCACAGCUAGUGGGAUUAAGUCUCGACAUUGUAUGAAAAGAGCAGUGAUUUUAGGAUUCCUCUGCGACGAGAAAGGUCGUCGUCCGGAUGUGAAGAAAACUAAUAAAAUCUUGGAAUGGCCGACCCCUUUCAAGUGGAUCACAGAUGUGCGAAGUUUCCUUGGAACCGGUGGAUUUUGGCGCAUCUUCAUCCGCAGACGCUUCAUCCUACGGGUGGAUCCGACUGCAUUGACUCAAUCCUUAAGGAAUUAUUCACCUGCUGAUCCCACCAUUGCACGAUGGUUGACUUGUAUUUGGAUGUUUGACUUUGAAAUUGAGCGAAUUUUGGGGAGUCAAAAUCGCGCAGAUGGGCUGAGUCGGGUUAAAUGGCAUCCAGAGUCGGAUCAAGCAGAAGAAUCAGUUCCGGUCGAUGCGUUUCUGAAGGAAGAAGAGUCACUGUUGACUCUUAAUUCUCUUACCUACCUGACUGAUGAGACCACUCGACAUGGGAGAUCGAUAUGGAAUGCUCCUACCUAUCACGAGAUACGGUUAGAGCUCGUGACGGAAGAGUCUUUCAUUGAGGAGGACCUAUGGGGCGAGCAGACCUCAGAAGAGAUAAUGAGGUUGGCUUUGACCGAUGACAUCGACCUUGUGCUUGAUCCACUGACAAUUGAACAGGGUCAUAGCCAGGCGGAUAACACUUUCCAUACCGUUGGAAGGAUGUCAUUCAUCAUGAACUUGUUAGUUCAUGGAGAUCGCCUGAGGUUAAUGAAUGCAGAUGAAGGAGGCAGUGAGGUUAAAGAGGCGUUUCAGGAAAAGGAGUACGAAGGGGAAUAUAAGAAGAUAGGCAUGUGGUUGAAUGGGGAAUUGGACGAAAGCGAGGUUGAUCCAGUUGUGCGGGAGAAAAGCAAAGGAUUUGUUGUUCGUGAUGGUCAUCUCUUUAAGAAAGUUGUUGAUGGUGUCCCUAAGAGGGUGGUAUGCGGAACCUCCAGACAGUUGGAUGUGAUUGUUGCUCUGCAUGAUGGGGUAGCUGGGGGACAUAGAUCUGCGUGGGUAACCCUGAACAAGAUCCAACGUCUUUAUUUCUGGGAUGGGAUGAACAAGAUGGUGAUUGACUUCUGUAAAUCUUGUUUUCCUUGCCAACAGAGGUCUAAUAUUCGCUACCUCGAACCCCUAAAUCCACGCUAUGUGGCAGAACCGGGUGCGGUGGUGCAUUUGGAUCUCUUAGUAAUGCCACUUGGGAUAAAUGGGUACCGGUAUAUCUUUGAUGCAAGGGACAAUUUGACUGGGUUCGUUGAUGGUCGUGCCAUUCGUGAACGUACUGGGUCAGUCUUGGCAGAGUGCAUUGAGGAAUAUUACCUCCAUUAUCCAUUUGUUCAGGAGAUUGUUAUGGAUCGAGGAGGCGAGUUUCGAGCAAAGGAGGUGCAAACGCUUUUGAAAAGACUGGGGGAUGUGGAAACGAAACUCUCGACGGAGGAGUUGUUGGAGUUAAGGGCAAGACAGAUCAUGGUAACGGAAGAGCGGAUUGAGGAUGCGACUGUGUCUACUUCUGAAAGUAGGCAAGCUGACAAGGAAAGAUGGGAUAAGAGGCCACGUGUACGAAAAAAGCCGCUGGAAGUUGGGGACAUCGUCUUUUUGUAUGAUAUGUCGUUAGAAAAGCAGCGGUCCGAGAAACUAGACAGUCGGUGGUUGGGACCAUAUCGGAUCACUAGGAAAACAGAGCAUGGGGCAUAUGAAAUAGAAGAAUUGGAUGGAUCUCGGAGUAGGAAUUGGGUAUCAGGUGCACAUCUACGGAAGUUCAUUCCAAGAGUUUAGCAAAAACUUUUAGUAGAAAGGAAAGGGGGGGGGGAGGUAAUUGGUGGCAUCAAUUUUGGUAAUUCUUUUUGCUUUUGUAUUGUGGUUCAGUUGGUUCUGACUUUUGUCUUAGGCUAACCAAGGAAGUAACUUUUGGGUGAUAACUGCAAUCACAACUUGUGAGGACAAGUGGGGUAUUUGUGAUUUCAGUUCGUGAUUAAUUGUCAACUGUUAAUAAAAGUAUUGAGAUUGAAAGGUUAUGAAUGAGAUUGUGACUCCUGUUGUUUUGUUAAGAAGUAAUAAUGAAUUUGUGCUUACUAU